AUGCGGGCGGGCGCCCAACCUGCGCGCCUGGCUGGUGCCAGCGGGAUUGGCUGGCGGCGCGCUCACCUGGCCCGGCUGCGGGCGGGGCGGGACGGCGGAGAGUCUCGGCCUCCGGAGCAGCCUCCGCACUCGCGGCCGCACUGCGCCCGGCACAUGGAGACGCCCCAAGGCCCGGAGGCCGCCCCCGAGCGCCGCGGGCCGCGCUGCCUGGCGUGGUCCACCUUCCGAGAGGAAUCGAGGGCACUCCUGCUCCUGGCGGGCCCCGCGUUCUUAGCCCAGUUGAUGGUGUUUCUGAUAAGUUUCAUAAGCUCCGUGUUCUGUGGCCACCUGGGAAAGAUGGAACUGGAUGCUGUCACACUUGCGAUUGCAGUUAUCAAUGUUACUGGUAUCUCGGUGGGAUUUGGCUUAUCUUCUGCUUGUGACACCCUCAUGUCUCAGACAUACGGCAGCCCCAACAAGAAGCACGUGGGGGUGAUCCUGCAGAGGGGCACGCUCAUACUGAUGCUCUGCUGCUUCCCCUGCUGGGCGCUCUUCCUCAACACCCAGCAGAUCCUGCUGCUCUUCAGGCAGGACCCGCACGUGUCCAGGCUCACCCACACCUAUGUCAUGAUCUUCAUUCCAGCUCUCCCUGCAACGUUUCUUUACACAUUGCAAGUGAAGUAUUUGCUCUCCCAGGGAAUCCUACUGCCUCAGAUCCUAACUGGAGUCGCGGCCAACAUUGUCAAUGCCCUCGUCAACUAUCUGUUCCUCCAUCAACUGCAUCUUGGGGUGAUGGGUUCAGCACUCGCAAACUUGAUUUCCCAGUUCUCCCUGGCUCUGUUCCUCUUUCUCUACAUCUUCUGGAAGAAACUGCAUCAAGCUACCUGGGGAGGGUGGUCCCGGGAGUGCCUGCAGGACUGGGGCUCCUUCUUCCACCUUGCCGUCCCCAGCAUGCUCAUGCUGUGCAUCGAGUGGUGGGCCUACGAGAUCGGGAGCUUCCUGAGCGGGAUCCUCGGCAUGGUCGAGCUGGGAGCCCAGUCCAUCGUGUAUGAACUGGCCACUGUUGUAUUCAUGGUACCUGCGGGCUUCAGCGUGGCUGCCAGCGUCCGAAUCGGGAAUGCGCUGGGGGCCGGCAACACUGAGCGGGCCAAGAGGUGCUCGGUUGUCUCUGUGCUGGUCACAGAACUCUUUGCGGUGACCUUUUGUGUCCUGCUGUUAAGCUGUAAGGACCUUGUGGGGUACAUUUUCACCACCGACGGGGAAAUCAUCGCUCUCGUGGCUCGCGUGGUUCCGAUUUAUGCUGUUUCCCACCUCUUUGAAGGUCUGGCUUGCACCGGCGGCGGCAUCCUCAGGGGCAGUGGGAACCAGAAGGUGGGAGCCAUCUUCAACGUCAUCGGGUACUAUGUGAUUGGUCUCCCCAUCGGAAUCUCGCUGAUGUUUGCAACCAGCCUGGGAGUGCUGGGUCUGUGGUCAGGGAUCACCAUCUGUACCAUGUGCCAAGCUGUGUGUUUUCUAGGCUUUGUCGCUCGGCUAAAUUGGGAGAGAGCCUGUCAGCAGGCUCAGGUACAUGCCAAUAUGAAACUAACUAUGGCCCAGGACGGGACUUUUCCUGCUCAGGACUUACUUUGCCCAGUGGGCCCUGAAAACCAUGGAGAAAUUUUAAUGAGAGAUAUUGAAAAAAAAGAUGAGACCCAGUUGGAUCAGCAGUUGCACCAAGAAGAACGUCUUCCGGUCCAUCCAAGGGACCUGACCGCGCUGACCGGGAGACAGCUGGUGCUGCGGCGAGGUCUCCUGCUCCUCGGGGUCACUGCCGUCCUGCUGGUGGGGAUUUUAGUGAGAGUAUAUGUCAGAAUUUAGUGAUGUGGCAAGAGAGAGUCAGGUCAAGUGAUACUUUUGAGCUCACAGCAAAUAAUUCAUAGACCCAAAGGUAGGAAUUUGUUUUCAG